GAAAAGGUGAUUUGUUUUGAUGAUGUUUAGUGUUUGUGAUGUGGAAAUGUGAAUGCUGGGUGUGACAGCAGGAAGGACGUCUCGGUUCUGUCAGGUCCAGGCUGAUGAAGAGGCUCAGCAGCUCCACGAAGCCGCGACGCGUUUGCAUCGCCGGCGGCGGAACGUCAGCAUGCGAUGAAGACAGAAACAUCCAAGCUUGAAGAAGAAGAGCGACGACGAGGCCUUUAAACCAAACGUGUGACAGCGUGUUGUUCAGUCAGAGGCGUAUCCCAAUGUUCUGCAAUCCAGGCUGCAGCAGGGGAAGAGUUGCCUGUAUGGAUGUAGAAGGUUAGGAAGGAAGUGGAGAAGAAGGACUUUGUCAAGGAGGAAAGUCUCUCCGAAAUGGACGAGUUAUUUAACUGAGAAGUUUAGAAGAGCAACAUGUGGAUGUAGAUAUGAAGAAAUGAUGGUGAAAAUCUCAACUUAUUCAUCUUGUGUUUUUUUCUCAAACAAAGAGAAUGAUGUUGAAUGUUUUGCUACUAUUCUCAGUAAGAUGAGCAGCAGCUGCUUUUCUGUGUUAGUUCAGUUCAGUGGAGGCUGCAGGUUGUAAUGUCUCCUCCUGCAGGGCAGGUGGCGCUGCGGCCGGAGGAACCCGUCAACAGCAGCACAUGGUUUCUCUCUGUCUCUGUCUCUGGUGGGAGGCGCAGUGAGUGAAGGGAUCUGUGCAGGUUGUUUGUGCUGUUAUUAACAUGUUGCUAACAUGAGCAGCAGCGGGUUCCCCACGCCGCUUUCCUCCCACGCGGGACGCGGAAUCUUCCAGGACGUUUACGAGGCCGCGGAGGACUCGUUCCUGCUGAUGGACGCGCUGCAGAAAGACGCCGAGACGCUGCAGCGGAUGAGCCCCUGCGUGUGCGUGGAGGUGGGCAGCGGCUCCGGAGCGGUCAGCGCCUUUCUGGCCUCGGUCAUCGGACCUGCAGCUCUGUGCAUCUGCACUGACGUGAAUCCGGCUGCCGCUCAUUGCACAGCCAGAACCGCCUUCUGUAACCGGGUCGCCCUGCAGCCCGUCAUCACAGACCUGGUCCAGGGUCUGUUGCCGAGGCUCGGUGGGCAGGUGGAUGUCCUCCUCUUCAAUCCGCCCUAUGUUGUCACUCCGUCAGAGGAGGUGGGCAGCAGAGGGAUCGAGGCGUCCUGGGCCGGAGGUCAGCGGGGCAGAGAGGUCACCGACAGGUUCCUCCCUCUGGUCCCUGGGCUCCUGUCCACCAGAGGUUUAUUCUACCUGGUGACCAUUGCUGAGAACCAGCCGGAUGACAUCAUCAGGUUAAUGAGUCACUUUGACCUGGAAGGAGAGAGCAGCCUGACGACCAGAGCCGGCAACGAGAGGCUGUCUGUGCUGCGUUUCCACAGGAAGCAGCAGAGGAGACAGUGAGAGGUGAGACACUACAGACAGUCAGACUCUAUGUCCUCCACACCGCCUCUCCCUCUGGUCCCAGUUGGACGGCUCCACUGGCCACCAGCUCCAGCGCCUGGGGGAACGCCUGAUGC